AUGGCAGAAGUGCCCAUGGAAAGGUGCCCUAUUCGCGGUGGGACGCAGAUGUGUGGUAUCAUCCUGACCCUGACCGCAAAGGAUCUUUCCGAGGGUAUGUCACACUCAUUCGACCACAGAGCCAACGGUUAUGGGCGAGGUGAGGGUAUCGCAUGUAUCGUCGUCAAAAGACUGAGAGAUGCAUUACGCGACGGCGACACCAUUCGAGCCGUCAUUCGCGGCACUGGGACCAACGCAGAUGGCAAGACACCGGGAAUAACACAACCCAGCGCUGAAGCACAGGCCGAACUCAUUCGGAGCACCUACGAGAAGGCCGGACUAUCAUACUCAGAUACGCAGUAUUUCGAAGCUCACGGCACAGGUACCCCGCUGGGCGACCCCAUUGAACUGUCAGCGAUUGGCGCAACGCUUGGCUCCGGGCGCUCACCAGAGUCUGGCCCCCUAUACGUCGGUAGCAUCAAAGCCAAUGUGGGACACACCGAAGGCUGCUCAGGCCUCGCUGGAGUUCUAAAAUCGAUUCUAUGCUUGGAAAAGGGUGUCCUUGUGCCAACGGCUGGAGUCGAAAAGGUGAAUCCCAAGUUGAAGCUGGCUGAGUGGAAAUUGGCUUUGCCUUUGGAAAACAUGGCUUGGCCUUCUCAAGGCCAGCGGCGCAUCAGUGUCAACUCAUUCGGGUUUGGAGGCGCCAACGCCCACGUCAUUCUCGAUGAUGCGUACAAUUAUUUGAGAAACCGUGGGCUACAAGGAAAUCACACUACGAGCGUUUUUGAAGACGAUUCUUCCGAGUCUGGCAUCAGUAUGGGUUCCGACUCACCUCGCCAAGAAAAUGUCAAGCGGCUAUUUGCUCUCAGUACCCGAGAUCAGGCUGCGAUAGAACGCCUAGCUGAGUCUUACGGGGAUUUCUUGUCGUACAAGGAAGCGACUUCGAGUCCGAGGUUUCUAUCUGACUUUGCUUACACACUGUCAGAGCGACGAACUCAUCUUGAAUUCCGCAGUUUCGUCGUGGCGGAGUCUGCUAUAGACCUGCGAAACCAACUCAACAAGGGUCUUACGAAGCCUAAAAGAGCAUUGAAACACGACAGCCCGAUCUUUGUGUUCACUGGACAAGGCGCCCAGUGGCCCGCGAUGGGCAAAGAGCUGCUCAAUAACUGCAUAUUCCGGACGAGCAUUCACAGGUCACAAGUCCUUCUCGAGCAUUAUGGUUGCCCAUGGGACUUGAUCGACGAAUUGUCUCGGACCAUCGAAUCAAAUAUUGAUCUCCCUCAGUACAGCCAAGUGCUAUGCACUGUUCUCCAGAUCGCUCUCGUUGAUUUACUUCGAGAGUGGGGAGUGAGGCCAAGAGCAGUUGUUGGCCAUUCUAGUGGUGAGAUUUGUAAGUGA